AUUUUGCGCUUGGAAGACGGACCCUUGGAAGACCUAGAUCACCGGAGUCACUCUGCUGGGUACAAAUGGCUUCAGUAGUUGAAAUGAUACAGAAGCUGUCACUGACAGAGAAGUGUGCAGUGUCUGUCAAAGCAGUGGAGAGUGACUACAUUCUAGACAUAACAGCACACAGGUGCAGGGAGGCCAAGGGAAACAACUUGUUGGCAGCCACCAGCAGCAACUUCUCCAUCCAACUGAUGUCUCGCAGUAACCUGGCCUCUGUAGGAACACUCACAGGACACACAGAUGUUAUCACCGGUGUUUGCUGGGCCCGCACAGAGCCGCACCUUCUGUUCUCAUCCUCUUCUGACAAAACUAUCAGAUGUUGGGACUGUAGAACAAAGCCAUCAAAAGAAGUUCAACAAUUCACAGGUUCAGAUGAGACCAACAAUCUCUUCACGUGCCUGGAUGUGAAUGUGACAGACCAGGUUCUGUGUGCAGGCCUGGAGAGGGACACGGAUGAGAACGCCUUCAUCUUGUUUUGGGACCGUAGAAACAAGGAGCUUAUGGGAGCCUACAGUGAGUCGCACCAAGAUGAUAUUACUCAGGUGAGAUUUCAUGGAACACAAAAUGACAAGCUCGUGUCAGGCUCCACAGACGGUCUGGUUUGUCUGUUUGAUCUCACAGCCGAUUGCGAGGAUGACGCUCUUCUGUACACGUUCAACACGUGCUCCACGGUGUGUCGUAUAGGCUGGACAGGACCAGGGCAGGACCAUGUGUAUGCCACCACGCACCUGGACGGCUUGUACGUCUGGGACAGUGAAAUGGGUGAUCCAGUUCUGCAGUGGGCAGAUUUGAAAGCUCAACUCAAGGGUACACCCAGUAUUGACUACAUAGUGGACUGUUUCACCACUAGCAAUGACCAGAUGUUUGCUGUGGCUGGGACGCACAGUGGAGACAUGCAUGUAUUCCAACUGCCAGGGGGUUCCAGUGAGCCGAAUCUGCAGUGUUCUCUCUCUGGCGGGCAUUCCACCACUGUGCGCUGUAUCCACUGGGACGAUCAGACCUCCACGCUGGUGACCGGUGGGGAGGACUCCAUGCUGUGCCUGUGGUCAGCCAGCGGUCAGAUGGUCACCAAGGCAACCAGCAUGCAGGCAAAAGCAAAAAGUCGUCGAAGUGCCAGGGGUCGGAACAAGCCAUACAAAAAAUGACAGAUUUGACCUUCAGAAAGUGCUACAAACCUUGCCUCAAGUUGUUUGGGUGGACGUCUAUUACAGCAUCAUGUGACUAUGAUUUGUGGAAGGAAUCUACUAAUGUAUUACAGUAGGAGGCCAAUCUGGUUUAAGUGACACAUUUAAAAAAAAAUCUCUUGUUGCCAAUGUGCUCUUUAUGGACGAAGAGUGGAAGGCGGGUAAGAGUCAGAGGGCAUGAAGAACUAACAUUUAAAAGUAAACAAUCAUGCACUUACGGUGAAUGAAUGUGAAAUACCAUACACUGGAAUGGCUGUGCAUUUAGAAAAAAAAACAGUGCAGCACAAACUGACUUUGUUAACAUCAAAGGUUGGCAUAUUAUGUCGCUUAUUCCAUUUUGUGUUGUGUUCAUAAAGCAGCCGGAUAUGGGAAGCGGAAAGGUAUUGGCCAGUGAAAAGACCAAUAAUUUUUGGGGUGACAAAAUGGGUUAAAAAACAUUUCAUGGGACAAUUUUUACUAAGUUCCCUAAAGAAUCUUACACCUUUAUUGUGCAAGCAUUCUUAUGGUUAAAAAUUGUAGGUAGUUGGGACAAAGAUUGAGAUCUCAAAUGUUCUUUGUUAUGGACUCUUGUAUGUGAAAAGGUACAAACCAUACAGUGUCGCAUAUGGCCAGAAACUAUGUAAAAAAAAUAGACUUUGUUUCACGUCGUUUGCUUGUCAAGAAGGAAAGGUUCACUAAAGAAGACAUUUUGUUUAGUUUAAAAAUACGCAAGUGAAAGUGCUCAAAAGAUUAAGGUUGGUCGAAGGAUAUACCCAUUAACUGUGCAAAAUAGUGUGGCGUAAUUACUCUGCAUUAUAUGGUAUCAUCUAUUAAUGUAAAAAUUAUAAUGUUUCUGAUGGAUAUUAUAGUGUUGUUUGAGUUUUCCAAAACACAGAUGAAAAUUACAUUAUGUACUUAAAAAAAUAAAUAUUUGUUAUUGUUAUUGUCUUGAAAGAUAUGUUAAUGAUAUUUUAGCCCUAUAUUAUUUAUACAAGACCAUGCAUGAAAUAAAGGACAAAAUUGUA